UGGACCGGAAACAGUCAAUAUGAAUAUUGUAAAUACAGCUUUGCAUUUGUAAAUAUACAUAAUUAUAGUUUAAUAUUAUGUUUUACUAUGCUUUGACAAUAAUUUGAUUUUUAUUUAAAGUGUAUAUAAACCUGAUAUGUAAAUUGUAAAUUCAGCUGUAAUAUGACUAGUGUAUUUACCAUUGGUUAAGGUUGGAUGGUCACACGGGUGAAAAGACAUAAUUAUUUACAUAUUUCGAAAUCAAUUGGGUUAAUAUCAAGGACAAUUUUGUUUUGUUAACUGGUUAAAGAUGGCGUCGUGUUGGAUUUUUGUAGUUGGGAUCACGUUAAUGUUCGGGCUUGUUGGUUGCCAGUUUGUCACGCUCGGGAGCUGUCCGGAAGUGCGGCUUCAGGAAAACUUUGACCUAGACAGGUAUUUGGGAAAAUGGUACGAGAACAGGCGAUAUUCCAACUGGUUUUCUCUCUUUUCAAAUUGUGUCUCUGCCGAGUAUAAGAAAACGUCUGAUACCAGCGUUCAAGUGAAUAAUACAGGAUGGCUGUAUUUGAAUGAUAAAGUUGACACGAUAAUAGGUGAAGCUGUGGUUCAAGACAACGCCAAGCUAGGUGUAAGAUUUUCUGAGUUUGCGCCGUAUGGUGAUUAUUGGGUCUUAUCGACAGAUUACAUCAACUAUUCUGUUGUUUGGUCGUGCUCUGAAUCCCCAAAAGGAGCGAUCCAAUUCAAUUCACAAUAUUUGUGGGUGUUGACGAGGACAAGAGAGGGCGUGUCGGAGGCGGAGUUAAAGAGAAUCCUGGGAAUUCUAGAAGAUUACGGUAUCAACAUAAACGAACGUAAACUUAAACCAACCACUCAGACGAACUGCUUUAGUGAAAUACGAAUGUGAAGAUCGUCGUUGUCGUCUUAGUUUCAAUGUGCAGAUACAAAUGUAAAUUUAAAUGUGAAAAUUUGCAUGACAACAUUGUAUUUUUGCAAUAACAUUAUAACUAUAUAUUUCAAAACAGUAAACCUUAUUUUCAUGAAUUGUUACGAAUAUAUUUGAAUACUGGGCCUUCAAUUAUUAUGAAGUAUUAACACUUAAAGAAUUUGAAAAUUCUCUUGAAAUGAAAAUUGUCAAAAAACGAAUUGAUAAUAAUGAUAUGUUCAAGAAAUCAUUUUCUUUCUUUUAAAUCUCGGUUAUUCUCGCGUUUUUUUUUAAAUCUCGUAAGCACGAGACAUGUGUUCUUUGGCUACCUCUUUAAAUAUUGAUUAUUAUUUUUAUAUAUACACAUAUUUUUUCUAUCGUAUUUAUGUUAAACAGAGCUUUAUAUUGAUGCAGUUUUAAAAA